AAUACGUCACAACCAGUCGUAGAGGAUGCUGGGGCGAGAGGGCAAAGAUGGCGCGCUCCACCAACAUGGGACGUGAAGGGAAAGACACAUCUCAGGAUAGAGGCGCUUCUAACGCAGAUCUCUUACUACACCCCGAGCUCCUGUCUCAUGAGUUUAUCCAGUUGGUUCUGAAUGAGAAAAAGAUAACCAGUGGAGACCAUGGGAGCCGCGACCAGCUCACGGCUCUCUACCUCCGGCACAUCAUCCCCCUCCCGCAGAGAGCGCUGCCAAACAACCGCUGGGGAAAGAGGAUGGAGCAGACUAGAGCGCGACAGAGCACAGCCAGCGGACAGUCUCGUAGCUUCAGUGACGACCACAACAGGAAGAGGCUUCUGAUCGUCUUCGAUGGCAGCUCCUCUAAAAGUGGCCCCGUCAGACUGAAAAAGCCAGAGGGUCAGACCUCGGGGUCUGGCGUUACCGACAGAUUCAAGCACCCUCCCUCCAUGAACCUCUUCAGCCCCAUACGCAAGCUGUCCAGCACCACCCCUACCCCCUCGUCCUCCCACAGCCCAGGAGGCCCCCAUAGGAGUCCCACUGGGAAUAAGGGUCUGGGGAGCCCCCCCUCCUCCCCCAAAUCAGUUAAUCUCAAACGGGAGGCAGACAGCUCGGGUGAGCUCAAAGAAAAGAAAAAGAUCCAGAAAGUGACCUGGCCUUGACCCUGGACCGUACCCAGAGACCCACCACUCCAGUGUAGAGCAGUGAUGAGCCACCUCACACUGGGGCAUUCUCUGCCAGAGUCGGGACAAUCACAGAACGGGUGGUGACAUCCGUCCUCAUUUACCUAACUGACCCCAGAACUACUCUCUGACCCUUUACCUGACCCUCAAGUGUCCUUACUGUGAGUAUUCUGCUCCUGGGACUUUACUGACUCUUAAUGCAGAUAUGGCACCACAAUAUUUCUACGUUCAUAAGUAUUUUGUGGAAUAAGCAGUUUAACCCUCAAUUCUGCUCUAUGCAUUAUAAUUCUGUGAUGUGACCUACCUGAAAUCCUCUUAGAACAGUUAGAGUUCAUCCUUCCAGUGCUGUUAGAACUUGAGUUGAGGAGGUUGAUGGUGUUUAACUUGAUAGGAAAGCAUUGUAGACCCAAAGUUAAGUUGUUAUGCAUCUUCAUACGUUUGUGUGGCCGUACCAUAUCCACAGUGGGGCAUGAUGGGUAAGGGAUUUCUCUGGGUUUUGAUACUGAUUCCUCCUACUGAUCCUCAGUAGGAGGAACAUUGCCGCUGGCCGCCCCACCACCGUUAUCGUUGGUGAGGUGCAUGGUAAUUGUAAAACUCAUUGCAGUACAUUUUUAAAAAUUUUAUUUCACCUUUAUUUAACCAGGUAGGCAAGUUGAGAACAAGUUCUCAUUUACAAUUUACAUAUAGCGCGUGCAAUGAUGUCGGGCGGGGGGGCAGUGUUUUGUUGUUGGCAGGAACUUCUUUGUUGCUGUUUCACAAUUUAAGGAUUCCAGCUUUAUUGUAUUGGUACUGUGACACUUGCAUUUGCAAUGGGAUGUUUAGCUAGUGUGCCUUGACUUGAGUGGGGGUGCAUUUGAAUUAAAUGGAAGUGAACCACCAGAUGGUGCCAGAGACUCAGUCCUGCAUGAUUUGCAAGCGCCUGAGAAAGACUUUGCUCCUGGUCUAGGAUCAGAUUAGCCAACCUUGAAUCCUACUCUUUACCAUUAAGGCAUCAAAGCAUACCUGAUCCAGGACCAGCAGUUAGGGGCAACUUGUACCAACUCAAAGGCAUUGUAGAAGAUUUUCCCCAAAUGUAUUUAGCCGCCUCUACGUUCCAAAAUGUAGAUGUAUAGAGGGAAGUGCCCAUCAACUGCCCCUUGUUGGACUCCAUCCUCUAACUCUGCCACCGCAGCUAAAGAAAACCCUAGAGGAAACACUUAACUUCAUGUCACUUCCUUAGUCAUACAAGGUGUACAGCAGUUGGUGCAUUUUUAUACGUCUUUAUUUGGACUUCAGACACUGACUUCCUGUCAGAGCCCUUGUGACUGAUAAGUGACAUGUCUGUUGGCUCUCACCUUAAUAGGCAUGGCUCAUCGUUACCAAGCAUUUGCACCAGUGUCAGUCAAAUGUAUAUGUGUUGGGGGUGAUAAAUAAACAGAGCUUAAAAACCAAACUGUCAUUAUUUACACUGAUUAAUGUUUUUCUUUCUUUUAGUUGUAGCUUUUGUUCUAUUCCCAUCUGAAUAACAUUACAGACUUUGCACCAGUGUAAAUGCCCGGUAAAUCUGAGUUCACAUUUUUGCAACUUUGGGACUUAUGCUCCCUCAUACACACCAGUAGAUAGCCUUUAAAAUCUUAAAGGUAUUUGGCACCCAAAUUACACAAUGACUGCAAUAAUUGUGUAGUUCAGGGGAAAAUAUUCCUUUCAAUACAUAAACUCUGAAUAUAUGAAUCUUUUAUAAUUAUGACAGACAUUCAUGCGUAAAACUUCAAACUAUGUGAUGUAUCAAGCCAGGGCAUGCAGAAAGCUAAAUUUGCUGUUGCACUCCAAAAAACAUUAAUGUAUAUUUUUGAACUCAUAGUGUAUAUGGGGUUAGUAGCCUAAUAACGAGUGUGUUGCUGAUGCAUGCAAGAUCUUGCAACGCCCGGAUAGGUAUUUUACGUAUUAGCAAACCACAUGAUGUUAAGGCAAUCUGAUGCCGACUGCCCAGUCUGACGUGGCACCCAAUCAUUGGUUGAUGCAUGCGACGUCUGAGAAGGGGAACGCGACCAGUAUCUUGUGUUCAUAUGUCAUAUAUAUAUACACACAGUUGAAGUUAGAAGUUUACAUACACUUAGGUUGGAGUCAUUAAAACUCAUUUUUCAACCACUCCACAAAUUUCUUGACAACAAACUAUAGUUUUGGCAAGUCGGUUAGGACAUCUACUUUGUGCAUGACACAAUACAUUUUUCCAACAGUUGUUGACAGAUUAUUUCACUUACAAUUCACUGUAUUACAUUUCCAGUGGGUCAGAAGUUUACAUACAUGAAGUUGACUGUGCCUUAAACAGCUUGGAAAAUUCCAGAAAAUGAUGUCAUGGCUUUAGAAGCUUCUGAUUUACAUCAUUUGAGUCAAUUGGAGGUGUACCUGUGGAUGUAUUUCAAGGCCUACCUUCAAACUCAGUGCCUCUUUGCUUGACAUCAUGGGAAAAUCAAAAGAAAUCAGCCAACACCUCAGAAUCUUUGUAGACCACAAGUCUAGUUCAUCCUUGGGAGACAUUUCCAAACGCCUGAAGGUACCACGUUCAUCUGUACAAACAAUAGUACGCAAGUAUAAACACCAUGGGACCACGCAGUCGUCAUGCCGCUCAGGAAGGAGACGCGUUCUUUCUCCUAGAGAUGAACGUACUUUGGUGUGAAAAGUGCAAAUCAAUCCAAGAACAACAACAAAGGACUUUGUGAAGACGCUGGAGGAAACGGGUAUAAAAGUAUCUAUAUCCACAGUAAAAUAGGUCCUAUAUCGACAUAACGUGAAAGGCCGCUCAGCAAGGAAGAAGCCACUGCUCCAAAACUGCCAUAAAAAUGCCAGACUACGGUUUGCAACUGCACAUGGGGACAAAGAUCGUAAUUUUUGGAGAAAUGUCCUCUGGUCUGAUGAAACAAAAAUAGAACUGUUUGACCAUAAUGACCAUUGUUAUGUUUCGAGGAAAAGGGGGAGGCUUGCAAACCGAAGAACACCAUCCCAACCGUGAAGCAUGGGGGUGGCAGCUUUGCUGCAGGAGGGAGGGACUGGUGUCCUUCCCAAAAUAGAUGGCAUCAUGAGGUAGGGAAAUUAUGUGGAUAUAUUGAUAUAUAUAUAUAUAUAUAUCUCAAGACAUUAGACAUCAGAAGUUAAAGCUUGGUCGCAAAUGGGUCUUCCAAAUGUACAAUGUUCCCAAUAAUACUUCCAAAAUUGUGGUAAAAUGGCUUAAGGACAACAAAGUCAAGGUAUUGGAGUGGCAGAACUGAAUUUGUGGGCAGAACUGAAAAAGUGUGUGAGAGCAAGGAGGCCUACAAACCUGACUCAGUUACACCAGCUCUAUCAGGAGGAAUGGGCAAAAAUUCACCCAACUUACUGUGGGAAGCUUGUGGAAGGCUACCUGAAACGUUUGACCCAAGUUAAACAAUUUAAAGGCAAUGCUACCAAAUACUAAUUGAGUGUAUGUAAACUUCUGAACCACUGGGAAUGUGAUGAAAGAAAGAAAAUCUGAAAUAAAUCAUUCUCUCUACCAUUAGUCUGACAUUUCACAUUCUUAAAAUAAAGUGGUGAACCUAACUGACCUAAGACAGGGAAUCUUUACUAGGAUUUAAAUGUCAGGAAUUGUAAAAAACUGAGUUUAAAUGUAUUUGGCUAAGAUGUAUGUAAACUUCAGACUUCAACUGAGUACAGUGAUACUCAGUUGUGCUGUGAUAGGUCGUUGUUACUUCCUGGUUGUUUCGUUAAUUUCCAAUCAGACGUGUCGGCCACUCGCUGCCUGCCAGAUGUCAGAUGUCUUUGCCACACUCGGGGCACAGGAUGUCGUCACGCUCGGUGAGGAAACCCCGGCCCACCAGGGAGACGGAGCACUUCUUACAGUUGAAGCAGUCGUUGUGCCACUGGCGCUCUUCAAACGAGAUGUACUUACUGCCACCCAGACCUGAGAGAACGGGGAGAGAUGAACACAUGCUGUUAUCAAAAGAUCAGUGAUUGGGGAAGGAGGAAAGGUGGAGAACUUUAGUAAGGAUUCAAACAGGGCCACAGUGUACAGCGUGAUGGGGCCCAUCCCUGGGUUACACCAGAGCCCAGCUGAUCCCCUGGAAGGGGAACCUUUUCAACCUUUGAACCGGCCAGAGCUCCAGCACACUGACAUGGAUCCCUUGAUAGAAAUUGCUUUGAUGGACCGGCCGUGACACAAGGUCACAAGGAGGAGGGACACAAAUGAGCAAUCAGAGGUAACGGAAAUUGAGGGAGUCAUUUUGGAGAACAUUGAGUGAGCUGUUAUGGAUGCAGGCUUUUGUUCUAGCCAAGCAUUAACAUACGUACAGUAGCAGUCAAAGCGUUGGACACACCUCCUCAUUUAAGGGUUUUUCUUUAUUUCUACUGUUCUCUACAUGUUCCACAUCUCCUCUCCAGGGUUGACCACAACAGAGAGGACAUCCAUACUGAAAUGGGUAUACCCAAGAGGAUACUCAUAUAUCAUAUACACACAUUUCCUCUCCAGGGUUGACCACAACAGAGAGGACAUCCAUACUGAAAUGGGUAUACCCAAGAGGAUACUCAUAUAUCAUAUACACACAUCUCCUCUCCAGGGUUGACCACAACAGAGAGGACAUCCAUACUGAAAUGGGUAUACCCAAGAGGAUACUCAUAUAUCAUAUACACACAUCUCCUCUCCAGGGUUGACCACAACAGAGAGGACAUCCAUACUGAAAUGGGUAUACCCAAGAGGAUACUCGUAUAUCAUAUACACACAUCUCCUCCCACCAGCCUCCUCUGGUGUCAAUGCAUACUGAGCAUGUUAUCCACCUCUUGCUUCAUGCCAUAGCGGUUGUUCUCUCUGUACAAAUGUGUCUCUUAAAAACACUGGGAUUAAAUUCAAUCUACAUCAGGCUAGUUAUAUUAGAUUUGAUAUUAUACUGAACAAAAAUAUAAACGCAACAUAUAAAGUGUUUGUACCAUGUUUCGAGAGCUAAAAUAAAAGAUCCCGGAAGUUUUCCAUGUGCACAAAAAGCUUAUUUCUCUCCAAUUUAGUUAAAAAAUGUGUUUACAUCCCUGUUAGUGAGCAUUUCUCCUUUGCCAAGGUUAUCCAUCCACCUGACAGGUGUAGCAUAUCAAGAAGUUGUUUGAACAACAUGAUCAUUACACUGUAAAAUGUGCAGUUUUUUAACACAACACAAUGUCACAGAUGUCUUAAGUUUUGAGGGAGUGUGCAAUUGGCAUGCUGACUGUUGUGCCAUUCAUCCACCGCCAUCACCUCAUGUUUCAACAUGAUAAAUCACUGCCCCAUGUCUCCCAGUUCUUCCAUGGCCUGCAUACUCACCAGACAUGUCACCCAUUAAUAAGCAUGUUUGGGAUGCUCUGGAAUGACGUGUACGACAGUGUGUUCCCACCAAAUAUCCAGAAACUUCACACUCCCAUUGAAGAGGAGUGGGACAACAUUCCACAGGCCACAAUCAACAGCCUGAUCAACUCUAUGCGAAGGAGAGAUCACGCUGAAGGAGAGAUCGCCCUGAAUGAGGCAAAUGGUCGUCACACCAGAUACAGACUGGUUUUCUGAUCCACGCCCCUAUCUUUUUUUAAAGGAAUCUGUGACUAACAGAUGCAUUAUCUGUAUUCUCAGUCAUGUGAGAUCUAAAGAUUAGGGCCUAAUGAAUGUAUUUCAAUUGACUGAUUUCCUUAUAUGAACUGUAACUGUGUAAAAUCAUUGAAAUGGUUGAAUGUUGAGUUGAUGUUUUUUGUCACAAUGGAAACAGUCUAUAUGGGCAUCUCAUAUGACUGCCUUCAUUGAAUGUAACUUGAUUUAGUUUUAUCUGUAAGAAUGUGUGCCAUCUAUAAACCAUUGAAUCACCUUG